AGAAAUACAUAAGAGAGAGAGAGAGAGAGAGAGAGAUGGCUGAAGAGGGUUCGAAUAAUGUCUUAUGGAACGAAAGCCAAAGCAGGUUCGAAACAGAGGACAGGGAAGCUUACCUACAGUACGAGCUGAGAAGUGGCGGGAAAGUGAUGAACAUCCUUCACACCUUCGUUCCAUCCAGUAAGAGAGGCCAAGGCCUUGCUUCACGUCUCUGCGUCGCAGCCCUCAACCACGCAAAAACCCACUCCAUGUCUGUUAUCCCUACCUGUUCUUACGUUUCUGUCACAUUUCUUCCUCAGAAUCCUUCUUGGAAUUCAAUCAUAUACACAGAGAAUAUCAGGUCUAGUAUAUGAGGUUGCUUUUCAGCCCUAACGAGCAUGGAUAUUGAUUGCAAUAAAUAAAAUUUCCAGAUGGCUGACUUUCAUUCCCUAAUUGUUGCCAUCGAGAUUUGUUAUGGCUAUAUAUUUAAAUUUUGAAUCAAAAUAAACUGUCGUUAUGUCUCAUCACAUCUGAUUCUUUCAUAUACCGAUUUCACCUCUUUCACAUAAGAUGCAUGCACAUGAUAGGACUUAUAAAAGGCCAAACGACCCAGGUGGAUAUUGCACUAAAUGCAUUUUCAAAU